CAUUCAAAUGUGGAAUUCGCAUCUAAUCGUGACCACCGGCGGACGUUAUCAGACAUUAACUGACAUGUUGUUUUGUGGUGUGGUAGUGGCAUGUCUUCCUUGAAGUGUUUUGAUCUCAUUUAGGCGGGGGAUUCUAGUUGGAAUUACGGUUAUGUUGAUUUCUAGUUGUAUUAUCAUUUAGGUGGUGCCUUGGAGACCAGUAUCCAUCCUAGGUACGGAAAACGUCCGUGGUAAAGGGAAAAAAGGCCGACGUGAAGGUGUUAGAGAACACGGUGACAGUUAUUCUAGCAUGGAAAGACAAAAGGCUAGUUAUCAUGGAAUUACUCAUCACAACGAUACUAAGAAAUAAAUCAUCCGGAAAAAAUUGGGAGGUGGUGAAGAGGUGAUCCAGAAGCCGUUAAUGAUUUGUGACUACACGGCAAAUGUGGGAACCUUAGACAGAACCGAUCACUACUGCGUGUCAUACUAUUUUGCCAGAAAAUCCCUCAGGUGGCGGAGGAAAAUUUUUUUCUGGUUAUUCGAGGUGGGGGUUGUCAACGCUUACUUGCUAUAUGUCAUCAUAGCGAAGAAACAAGGAGAGACACCAAAGAGUCAUUUGCAGUUCCAGAAGAGUCUCGUCAAGGAGCUUGUGGGCGACAUCAGGGCUCAACCAAUCCCAUCAAGGAAGAGGCCAUGCUCUGAGCACGGUGACCUACAUGAUGGAGGGCCCAGAGGAUGAGCUAGAUGAAUUAGCAGCUAAAAUAGUUUUUGAGCAACUGCCGGAACCUGUGGAAAAGAAGAAAAACACUUUUGAUGAGGCACGAAAGAGACUAAUUGAUGCAGCUAAUUGUGUUUUUGGGUCGUUGAAUUGGAAUCAUGCUGUUGUGACUCAAAAUGUUGAUUAUGUAGAUUCCAAUGAAGGAGUGUUUUCAGUUGGAAUAUCAUCAGUUGUCAAAGUAGAAUUGAAAGAUGGCACUUACCACCAGGAAAUCGGCUAUGGAAUAUCUGAGGGUCUCACAAGUAAAAUACGAAGUAUGUCACAUGCAAGGGAGGAUUCUGUGUUAAGGGGCAUAAGAUCAGCUUUACUCAGUUUCGGCGGAAAGAUAUCAGAAAUUCUGAUGAAUUCUGAUUUUUAUCCUUCUGAAAUAAGGAAUUGUGAUGGCAUUCCCCAGAAUGUAGGAAUAACUCCAGAAAAGAAACCACUGGCACAACUUUUUCCCAACAAUCAAGAAUGUACACCUUCCAUGUCAGUGAAAACAACAAAGAAGCCUAGUACCACCUGCACAUCACCAGUGUUACAUAGUGUGAACAAGAAUGGCGUGUCUGAUGAAGAAAGUCGACUUGAAAGGAAGCGGAGACAGCAACAGAAACAAGAACAGUUCCGUCAACAGUUCAAACAACAGAAACUAAUACAAAACUCAUCAGCUAAAAAUACUCCACAGAAGACAUCAAACAGCAUAGCAGACAAAGGGAACACAUGUGAGUGGCCAAUUGCCAUUGAAACUCCACUGGCAGAGGAAGAAUUCUUAUCAACACAAGAAGUGGAGCAAAUGGUUCAGACAAAAACUGUACCUCUGUUGGCUGUGUCAGCCGACAUGAGAUCACCGAAAAGAUUUUCUCCUCUGAGACCAGACAGCUUCAUUCCAAAGAAGCCACAGCAAAACACCAAGUGAUAUAUUUAAACAUUGUAAAAUGUGUAAAAAUAUCAAAUGUUUUAAUGCUUUUUAACUUUUCUGAGCUAAUAUUGCAUGCAUCUCAAGUAACACCAAAAGGAACUGUUAUCUCUAAAAGAGAUUGGUAGAAGCUUUCUAAUUAAGAACAAGAUUAAUUGUUAGAAACCACUUUCAUAAGUUUUGCGUAUGUAUAUGAAAUGGAAUUGGAGUACUGAUUUUAAAAACAAUUAUGACUGUGAUAUGUAAGGUUUGAUAGCUGUUUUGAUAAACAGUACUUUAUUUCCAAAUGUUUUAAUCUUGCAGUUGAAAGAGACAUGGAGAGCAUAAACUUCAUGGACUUUUAUCAGUUUUUGCUAUUACUCAUUGUUCACAGAUGGAAUGACAAUAAUCUGAGAAGAUGAAGAUAAAGAUAAACUGCAAAAAGUCACCAUUUAUUUCAGAUGAACUGUGUAGGAAAAACAGCCUUCAUGCAUCGACAGAAAUGACCAAAAUCUUAGCUUUCAAAGAGAAAGAGCCAGCAAGAUUUAAAAUUUCAGUAACUGCCCAAAUCCUUAAGCAAUUGUCACAUUUCAGAUAUCGAGGGUAGUGAUACCAACAUCAAAAAGAUGUAAACCAAAAACUUAAUAUUCCAGCACAUAUAUGGCACAGUCAGUCGUCAUUUGAAAACUGCCAAAAGAUUAAAUUUCACAAGAUAAUUACAAAGUUUGUCAUACUCUUUAGAAGUGAGAACUCAGUUCUCAUAGUAGAAAACCAAUCAAUUAUCCAAUUAUCUGAAAUAAGUUUGCUGAGCAGUGUACAUAUUGAAUCACAUUAGAAAUGAAGACCUUCAUGGGGAACUGAAUAAGAUUGCAUCUAAGAACAGAGAGAACUGGAAACACCACAUUGCAGAAGUGAGGAUUGAGAUACACCAACCAAACUUAUACAGGUCUAUCAACCUUGUGGUGAUAUGGUUUUGUGUAUUCAGUAUUUUUCUGUUUGUGCCACUAUAAGUUAGUGUGUUGUGUGAUUGAGAUUGUAUCAUAACCCAAGGUUGUUGGGGUAUUCUCCUAAUUGUUAAUGUCAAACCAUGUCUACCUUAAUGUUUCUUUUUCUUUUCUUUUUAAUCUGUUUGCUUUCAUUUGUCUCACUACGAACACUCAAGUUAAUACAUACUAUUUUAUAAUUAUACAGGGUGGUGCAAAAGUUACUGGACUCUGAUUUAAACAAAAGAUUGAAUACAAGGAAUACAUAAAAUUAUUUUUUAUGUCCAAACUGUUUUCCGUUGUCAUUAAUACAUUUUUGAAGCCUUUUUGGAACACUGCUACAUACUCUACAGCAUAGUGUGGUAUCACUGUCAAAACCAUGAAAUGCAUUGUGUAUGUAGUCUUUUAGUUCAGUAAUGGUCUGAGGCUUUAGAGAGUAAAUGGAGUCCUUGACGACACCCCAGAGGAAAAAAUCCAUGGGUGAACGUGGAGGCAUGUCAAUAUCUGACCUUCGACCAGUCACUUUUCUUUGGAAAGUUUCAUUUAUGUCCUGGUAUCUCGUAAUUAUGAAGCAUAUCCAAAUUGUUAUCUCGUGUCACUGUUCCUUCAAGAAAAUAUGGUCCAAGUUUACCAAAUGAACAUAUUGCCCCCCAAACACUCAAGCUAGUUUGAUUUAGUGGUUGUUCUAACAAAAGAUUUUGACUGUCGGUACACUAGUAAGACCAGUCAUGUUUGUUUGUGUCUGCAUAACUUAAAAUUGGCCUUGUUAGACAAUACAGUUUUAUUGAAUUGAUUAGGUUUCUGUUGAUCAAGCAUCAGUUCACAAAAUCACCCAUGUUGUAAAUGUAGAAUGUAAUGUUUAAACUUCUGUUUGUGUAACAUUCUUUGCACUGACCUUUGUGAUAAAUACAGCUCAGUUGCUAAUUGUCUGGUUGAUUUUUGUGGACUUUGGGUCAGAGCUAAAUGUACCCGCAGUUCAUUUUACUCAGUAGUGGCUGUUGUUGGGUGGCCAGAUAUUAGUGCAUCCAUAACAAAUCCAUGUUCUUCGAAUCUCCUCGUAUGUAGUACACUGUCUGUCCAGAUGGUGGUUCGGUUCUUAAGUACCUUCCCCAUUCAUUAACAAUAACAGUAGCACCACUUUUAUAAAAUGUUUUUGACACAAAAAUCCUUUCUUCUUCAGUUACCAAUGUGACAAUUCAGAAAACUACAGCUGUAAACAUGUCUCACUGAUCAUGAUUUCAACAAUUCACUGUUAUGAUUACUUUGUUUUGAUUGUCGUUGCAUUUUAUACCAAAUUGACAAAACGUAAUUAUCACCAUUUAGUAAUAACAAGUUAAUGGGUUAAAACUUCUUUCUGUACUACGUCUUGCUGUUACUUUUAUUUCCUUUUUGCCACCCUGUAGUUGCUUAUAUUAAAUAUAAGCUGAGCAACAGGUAUGUUUUCAGUUCUCUUAUAAACAUGCAUAAUUUUAUUAAUUUAUGGUCCCUGUAAACUGAAUGUCACGAGGCGAGAGUGAUUGUGAAGAUAAUUUGUAAUUGAAAAGUAAAUUUUCAAAAUUUUCUUUCAGUUUUAUUAUAAAAUCAGUGAAUACAGAAAAUAAAUUUUUGUCAGUUCUUUUCCAUACUUAAAAAAAAGAA